AUGGCACCGAGAGGCAGAGGCGGGAAGUUCUCCAAGCCUUCACGAGGUGGCGGCAAACACUUCUCUCGCGAUCUUCAACCUCUAGACAAGGAGGGAAAUCCUCUGGGCAUGUGGCGCGAUCCAGCAGACAAGAAGGAAGAAUCAUCUUCCGAAGAAGAGGAUGAGUCUAGCGAGGAAGAGUCUGACGAGGAGGAGGAUGCACCAUCUGGCUCCGCGGCCGCUGCAGCCCAAGAAUUGAGUCGAGAACAGCGCAGGGAGUUGGCACGGAAGAAGAAAGCUGCAGCAAUCGCAAAGAAGAACAAGAAAGUGGCUGAAGUUGGCGACAUGCCUACAGAUUCAGAGGAAGAGUCAUCGGAGGAGGACGAAGGCGAUCUACCUGCCAAUCCGAAUCAUACUUCCAAGGCGCGAAACCAGGCCCGUGCUGUCACUGGUGCUGCUAACGAGGCUCCAUUGCCUCGACGAGACCAGAAGGAGAACCUAAGUCGUCGAGAGAAGGAGGCUAUUGCUGCUCAGGCCGCCAAAGAGCGAUAUCAAAAGCUGCACGCUGAGGGCAAGACUGACGAAGCAAAAGCUGAUUUGGCACGGUUGAGACUCAUCAAGGAGCAGAGAGAAGAGGCCGCUGCUAGAAAGCAAGCUGAGAAGGAAGAGCGGGAAGAGCGAGAGAGGGAGAACAAGGAGAAGCUCGACAAAGAGGACAAGAAGCGGGCUGAUGCUAUGGGCAACACUAGUGCAAAGAAACCUUUGAAGUCGCGAGUUGAGGUGAAGGGCAAAAAGUGA